AUGUGUGAGGUGAUGCCCACAAUCAACGAGGGGGACCCUCUGGGGCCCCCCCAUGGCGCCGAUGCUGACGCCAACUUUGAGCAGCUGAUGGUGAACAUGCUGGAUGAGCGGGAGAAGUUGCUGGAGUCGCUUCGGGAGAGUCAGGAGACCUUGGCAGCCACGCAGAGCCGGCUCCAGGAUGCCCUACAUGAACGGGACCAGCUCCAGCGCCACCUUAACUCCGCCCUCCCACAGCUGCUUCUGGAACAUUUGGAGUGCUUGGUGUCCCGCCACGAACGGUCACUGCGGAUGACGGUAGUGAAGCGCCAGGCCCAGUCGCCUUCAGGGGUCUCCAGUGAGGUGGAGGUGCUGAAGGCCCUCAAGUCACUGUUUGAGCACCACAAAGCCCUGGACGAGAAGGUUCGAGAGCGGCUCCGGGCAGCACUGGAGCGAGUGACUACCUUGGAGGAGCAGCUGGCAGGUGCCCACCAGCAGGUGUCUGCCUUGCAGCAGGGGCUAGGGGUGCGGGAUGGAGCUGCAGAAGAGGAGGAGACUGUGGAGCUGGGGCCGAAACGCCUAUGGAAGGAUGAGGCAGGUCGGUUGGAGGAACUGCAGGAGCUCCUGGAGAAGCAGAACUUUGAGUUGAGCCAGGCCCGGGAACGACUGGUCACCCUGACAGCAACUGUGACUGAACUUGAGGAGGACCUGGGCACGGCCCGCCGAGACCUUAUCAAGUCGGAGGAGCUAAGCAGCAAGCAUCAGCGGGACCUCCGGGAGGCUCUGGCCCAGAAGGAGGACAUGGAGGAGCGAAUCACCACAUUGGAGAAGCGCUACCUGGCUGCUCAGCGCGAGGCCACAUCCAUUCAUGACCUCAAUGACAAACUGGAGAAUGAGCUGGCCAACAAGGAGUCCCUACACCGCCAGUGUGAGGAGAAGGCCCGACACCUACAGGAGCUGCUGGAGGUGGCAGAGCAGAAGCUGCAGCAGACGAUGCGCAGGGCAGAGACGCUGCCAGAGGUGGAGGCUGAGCUGGCCCAGAGAAUUGCAGCCCUUACCAAGGCUGAAGAACGGCAUGGCAACAUCGAGGAACACCUGCGCCAGCUGGAGGGGCAGCUGGAGGAGAAGAACCAGGAGCUGGCAAGGGUGCGCCAGCGGGAGAAGAUGAAUGAGGACCACAACAAGCGGCUGUCAGACACCGUGGACCGGCUGCUUAGCGAGUCCAACGAGCGCCUGCAGCUCCACCUCAAGGAGCGCAUGGCUGCCCUCGAGGAGAAGAACACGCUGAUCCAGGAGUUGGAGAGCUCCCAGAGGCAGAUCGAGGAGCAGCAUCACCACAAGGGCCGCCUGUCUGAAGAGAUUGAGAAGCUGCGCCAAGAGGUGGACCAGCUGAAGGGUCGAGGGGGGCCGUUUGUGGAUGGCAUCCACUCCAGGUCACACAUGGGCAGUGCAGCAGAUGUGCGGUUCUCCCUGAGCACAACCACUCACGCACCCCCAGGUCUGCAUCGCCGCUACUCGGCACUGAGGGAGGAGUCUGCCAAGGACUGGGAGCCAUCUCCACUGCCUGGGGUACUGGCCUCCUCGGCUACCCCUGCCUUUGACAGUGACCUUGAGAUCUCUGACGUGGAUGAAGAUGAGCCGGGGGGUCUGGUGGGCUCUGUGGAUGUUGUCUCUCCCGGUGGUCACUCAGAUGCCCAGACCCUGGCCAUGAUGCUGCAGGAGCAGCUGGAUGCUAUCAAUGAAGAAAUCAGGAUGAUUCAGGAAGAGAAGGAGUCCACAGAGCUCCGCGCUGAGGAGAUUGAGACACGCGUGACUAGCGGCAGCAUGGAGGCCCUAAACCUGACACAGCUGCGCAAGCGCGGUUCCAUCCCCACCUCUCUGACCGCCCUGUCCCUGGCCAGUGCGUCCCCCCCACUCAGCGGCCGCUCCACACCUAAACUUACCUCACGCAGCGCUGCCCAGGACCUGGACCGCAUGGGGGUCAUGACCCUGCCCAGUGACUUAAGAAAGCAUAGGAGAAAGCUGCUGUCCCUUGCCCUCACCCCAGUCCUGACACUUAAUAUAAGUUCUUCCUAAGUCUAACUUCCAUCUCUCCUGCUAUAACUUAAGUAUAUUUCUUCUUAUCUCACCCCCUCCUGGCUGUCAUCCUGUAGUGCCUUGGAGGAUCAGGGCAGCAACCCCAGCAGCAGCAACAGCAGCCAGGACUCCUUGCACAAGGGUGCCAAGCGCAAGGGCAUCAAGUCGUCCAUUGGCCGCCUGUUUGGGAAGAAGGAGAAGGGCCGGCUGAUCCAGCUGAGUCGAGAUGGAGCCACAGGCCAUGUUAUGCUAACAGACUCCGAGCUCAGUCUGCAGGAGCCCCUGGUGCCUGCCAAGCUGGGGACCCAGGCAGAAAAGGACCGGCGGUUGAAGAAGAAACACCAGCUGCUUGAAGAUGCCCGCAGAAAAGGAACACCCUUUGCCCAGUGGGAUGGCCCUACUGUGGUGUCCUGGCUAGAGCUCUGGGUGGGGAUGCCUGCCUGGUAUGUGGCAGCCUGUCGGGCCAACGUUAAGAGUGGAGCCAUCAUGUCUGCCCUGUCGGACACAGAGAUCCAGCGGGAAAUUGGCAUCAGCAAUGCCCUGCACCGGCUCAAGCUCCGACUGGCCAUCCAGGAGAUGGUGUCGCUGACUAGUCCCUCUGCCCCACCCACCUCUCGGACCUCUUCUGGAAACGUCUGGGUCACCCAUGAAGAGAUGGAAACCAUGGCAACAUCUACUAAAACAGACAGUGAGGAGGGCAGCUGGGCUCAGACUCUGGCCUAUGGGGACAUGAACCAUGAGUGGAUUGGGAAUGAAUGGCUGCCCAGCCUGGGGCUCCCUCAGUACCGCAGCUACUUCAUGGAAUGCCUGGUGGACGCUCGCAUGCUGGAUCACCUCACCAAGAAGGACCUCCGGGUCCAUCUGAAGAUGGUAGACAGCUUCCAUCGAACCAGCCUUCAGUAUGGCAUCAUGUGUCUGAAGAGGCUGAAUUAUGACCGGAAGGAGCUGGAGAAGAGGCGGGAGGAGAGCCAGCACGAGAUCAAGGAUGUGCUGGUCUGGACCAAUGACCAGGUGGUUCACUGGGUCCAGUCUAUUGGGCUCCGGGACUAUGCAGGAAACCUGCAUGAGAGUGGUGUGCAUGGUGCUUUGCUGGCCCUGGAUGAGAAUUUUGACCACAAUACUCUGGCCCUGGUCCUCCAGAUCCCCACACAGAACACCCAGGCGCGCCAAGUGAUGGAGAGGGAGUUCAAUAACCUGUUGGCCUUGGGCACAGACCGGAGGCUAGAUGACGGGGACGACAAGGUGUUCCGCCGCGCGCCCUCCUGGAGGAAACGCUUCCGGCCGCGGGAGCACCACGGCAGCGGCAUGCUCAGCGCCUCCGCGGAGACCCUCCCGGCGGGCUUCCGCGUGUCCACCCUCGGGCCCCUGCAGCCCCCACAGGCCCCGCCAAAGAAGAUCAUGCCAGAAGCUCACUCCCACUAUCUCUAUGGACACAUGCUCUCUGCCUUCCGGGACUAG